AUGUUGAGUGUACUAAAUACAAUUGAUACAGGCCAUGAGGAUAUGAUUCACGAUGCAGAGCUAGAUUAUUACGGUCUCCGACUGGCGACAUGUUCUUCAGAUAAUUCCGUAAAAGUUUACGACAUCAAAAGCGGAACUCAAACUCUUGCAGCUGAUUUAAAGGGACACUUUGGUCCAGUAUGGCAAGUGGCGUGGGCGCAUCCGAAGUAUGGAAAUCUAUUGGCGUCGUGUUCGUAUGAUAGAAAAGUUAUUAUUUGGAAGGAAGCUGGGGAAUGGGCCAAAUUAUAUGAAUACACCGGUCACGAGAGUUCUGUCAACUCAGUAGCUUGGGCACCAGCUGAUUACGGUUUAAUAUUAGCAUGUUGUAGUUCGGACGGGUCCAUGUCCAUUAUUACUUAUAAUCAAGAUACAGGAAAUUGGGAUGUAAAGAAAAUAUCUGGUGCACAUGCAAUUGGAGUUAACUCAAUAAGCUGGUGCCCAGCCAUAUCUGCUGAUUUGAGUCUUGACCCCCUUACUAACAAAGAUGCUCCAAAGAGAUUAGUAUCUGGUGGAUGUGAUAAUUUAAUAAAGAUAUGGAGAGAACAAGGAGAUCAAUGGGUAGAAGAGAAUCGUCUGGAAAUGCACAUGGACUGGGUACGGGAUGUUGCUUGGGCACCUUCUCUAGGAUUACAAAAAUCAAUGAUUGCUAGCUGUUCCCAAGAUAAAAGAGUUGUUAUUUGGACAAGUGAUGACAAUGUUUCCUGGACACCUACUAUUUUAAAUACAUUUGAUGAUGUUGUUUGGAGUGUCAGUUGGUCCCUAACUGGCAAUAUCUUGGCAGUAUCAGGUGGUGAUAAUAAAGUUAGCUUAUGGAGGGAAAGUGCAGAUGGUCAGUGGCAAUGUAUUAGUGAAGUAGCUAAAGGGUUAGGGCCAACAUCCAAUGAUGAAAGAAGCACUCUGUGA